AUGACAUCCCCUGUGGUUGGUGGAAAUCGAGUGAUUGUGGUGGGUGGGGGUCUGGCCGGUCUCUGCGCGGCCCACAGUGUACUCGAGCACGGCGGCUCCGUCUUGCUGGUGGACAAGUCCGCCUUUCUCGGCGGCAACAGCACAAAGGCCAGCAGUGGCAUCACCGGAACUCCCACACAAGCACAGAUAGAUGCCGGUGUGCUUGAUGGAGUGGCUCAGUUUAUACAGGACACAAACCGCAGUUUCCACGGUAUUAGCAAUAGUGGUAACGACAAGAAUAAAAAUGAAAGUAACAACAAUAAUAACAAGAUCGAUAAAGAAGUUUCACCACUUGUGGAGGAACUUGCACGACUUUCAGCGCCUAGCUUGGAAUGGCUUACACGACGAUUUCAUAUUGAUUUAUCACAACUUGGAUUGAUGGGUGGACACAGCAAACCACGAGUACACCGCGGGAGUGAGCGAUUUCCCGGAAUGGCGAUUACAUGUGCCCUUAUUGAUGCACUGGAGGAACAACAGAAGAAAAAUCCACAGCAAGUUCAAAUUGUAACAAAAGUAAAAGUUAUUCGGCUCAUUCGUGAACCAAUAGAUGAUGUGUCGGCUCCCAUUACUGGAGUGGUGUUGGAGAAUCGUAAAGGAGAGAAACGUGUGGAACGUGGGGUGGUGAUUAUCACUACUGGAGGUUAUGCAGCCGAUUUUGGAAGCAGUGAUAUGGAUAAGAACAACUCUUUAUUGGCUCGAUUUACUCCAAAUCUGUUAAAAUUUUCAACCACAAAUGCUGAACACGCAACUGGCGAUGGUAUUAAGGUUGCUGAACAAGUUGGUGCUAUGUUAACAGAUAUGGAAUAUGUACAAGUACAUCCUACAGGUUUGGUAGACCCUAAAGAUUCCGACAAUCAUGUAAAAUUCCUCUGUGCUGAGGCUCUACGAGGAACAGGUGCUCUUAUCCUUAAUGGUAAAGGAAAACGAUUUGUAAAUGAACUCGGUCGUCGUGAUGAAGUCAGUCAUGCUAUGUUACAAAAUAACUUAACACCAUUUCGUCUAGUGUUAACAGAGGCAUGUGCAAAAGAAAUGCCAUGGCACUGUAAACAUUACACUGGACGAGGAUUAAUGAAGCAUUAUAAAAGUGGUGUGGAAUUGGCAGAAGAGAUGAAAAUUAAACCAAGUGAACUUCAACGUGAAUUUGACGCCUACCGUAAAGUGGCAAAAGCACAUGAAAGAUUACAACGUCGUUUACGUCGUUUAAAAGGGAAAACAUCAUCAUCAUCAUCAUCAUCAACAGAUAUGGAGAAAGAGGGGAAUAAAAUCCCGGGUUCUUAUGGUAAAACAAUAUAUCGCAAUGCCGAUUCUUUCCGAAUUAACGCUCCACUCUAUGUUGCCCUCAUUACACCUGUUGUUCAUUAUACAAUGGGUGGACUUGCUGUGAAUGUACGAACAGAAGUAUUGGACAGCCGAACCAAACAACCCAUUCCUGGACUUUUCUGCGCUGGUGAGGCAGCUGGUGGUAUUCAUGGUAAAAAUCGUUUGGGUGGGAAUUCACUAUUGGAUUGUGUGGUAUUUGGGCGUGUUGCUGGAGAGGAAGCUACUCGAUAUCUACUCUCCACUUUUCUUGGACCAACAUCUAACUACCGCUUAAACACCAUUUACUCACAUCUCACACUUGAUCAACUCUCACCAUUGAAACCACUACCUACUGGUGUUUCUUCUCCUGAAUCUUCAGAGGAUGUUACUGCAUCCAACGUCAAACAAGAGUCGAACAACAACAGUAACAAUAAUAACAGCAGUAGUGAAGGCGGUAAGAAAUUUACAAGGGCUGAAGUUGCAAAACAUAACAAACCAAAUGACUGUUGGUGUAUUAUUGCUGGACAAGUACUUGAUUUGACUGCUUUUUUGCCCGAUCAUCCUGGUGGGAAACAGUCUAUUUUACUUUAUGCUGGAAAAGACGCGACAACAGAGUUUGACUUGGUACACAAACGUGAUAUUAUUGAGAAAUACACACCUGAAGCAGUACUGGGAACUGUUAUCGACUGA